AUGACUUUCUUUCUUUCAUCGGAGAAUUUCACUCUCGGGGAUGAUUUUGCUGGCGGUGGUCUCGGCCUUGCUAGAGAAAAUCAGACCUCUAAAUAUCCAUUUCUUGCAGUAGAAUUUGAUACUUUUCUUAACAGUUGGGAUCCGCCUUAUCGUCAACAUGUAGGUAUUGAUAUUAAUUCUGUUAACUCUAAAACUACCACAGAUUGGUCUUGGUAUAAAGGCAUCGAAGAUGGUCAAAAAGUUUUUGCUUCAAUUGCAUAUGACUCCACCCUAAAAAGAUUAACUGUUAGUUUCACUGCAUUUAGUUAUUAUCAAUUUAUUGGGAAAAAUCUUAUUUAUGAUGUUGAUUUAAGAGAUUACCUACCUGAAUGGGUUAAUAUAGGGUUUUCAGCUUCUACAGGAUCGUCUUUCGAACAGCAUAAUCUUUAUUCAUGGUUUUUUACUUCAAAUUUGCAAGAGCCAUCAUGUAGUUCACAAGCUGCAUUCAGUUUAUUUCCAAUAGAGGUACCAAUAGCUCUCAAAUUAUCUAUGGAAUCGACACCCAUAUCCAGAUCAGCAUCCCCAUCAGAUUUGUGUCCAAUAGAAUCAUAA